AUGGUUUCCGAGCAGAGUCAGUUCGAUGAGGAGAAGAAACAGGGUGGUUAUGCGCUGGGAACAGAAGUAGAUGUCUCCAGUUCAUUUGAAACUAUCAAUGCUUUGGUUGCUGAAGACCACGAACAUGAUAUUAAGUUGCGCACCAUGUCCUGGCAGAAGACUGCAGUUCUUCUAGCCGGCGAUCAGGUCUGCUUAGCCAUUAUGGCGCAAUCCUGGUCUCUUUCAGUUCUGGGCUGGGUCCCUGGUCUCAUUACCAUGGUCCUUUCGGGUAUUCUCUUCUGGGUUACCUCCAUUACUAUGCACAAGUAUAUUAUGAAACAUCCCCAAAUCAAAGAUAUUUGUGAUUUCGGUUACUAUGUUUUCGGUCAGAGCAAGAUCGCAUACGUCUUUUCCUCCUUCAUGUUGCUAGCCAACAAUAUCCUCUUGAUCGGCUUCCAUGUCCUUACCGGCGCGAAAGUUCUCAAUACCUUAUCCGGUCAUACUCUCUGCACUGCAGUAUUCUCUGUCAUUGCAACAAUUAUGGGCAUCAUAAUGUCUUCUCCUCGAACUCUGCAUCAUGUCAGCUUCAUGUCUAUGUUCUCUUCCGCCUGCAUGGGAAUCGCAAUCCUUCUCUUCCUCAUUUUCGCCGGUAUCGAAGCAGCCCCAGCAUACGGAUAUAACGGGUACUACCCAACCGAUGGACCCGUGAAAACAUACGCCUUCCCCCUCCCGGGCACAACAUGGGUAAACUGCAUGAACGCCGUCCUAAACAUCACCUUCCUCUGGGUCCCCCAGAUCCUCUUCCCAAGCUUCAUCGCCGAAAUGGAACGUCCCCAAGACUUCCCCAAAGCCCUAGCCGUCCUCGCCACCAUCUCAGCCAUCCUCUUCAUCGUCCCACCAGUCAUUGGCUUCAGAUACCUAGGCCAAUACGCCACCGCGCCCGCCUUCGGUAGUCUAGGCGUAACCGCGUACAAGAAAGCAUCAUUCGGCUUUGUUAUCGUUCCCACAUUAAUCAUCGGGGUCAUUUAUGCGAAUGUUACUGCGAAGUUCAUCUAUCUUCGCAUUAUGGGCAAAUCAAAACAUGCACACAGUAAUACUGUUAUUGGGUGGGGAGUAUGGGUUCUAGUUAUGAUUGGUAUUUGGCUUAUUGCGUUUAUUUUUUCAGAGGUUGUGCCUAGUAUGGGUGACUUUUUGUCUUUGCUUGGUGCGGCUUUUGAUUCAUUUUUCGGAUUUAUUUUCUUCGCGGUUGCUUAUUGGCAGCUUAAUCGGGGGAGUUUGUUUAAUGGGUUGGGUAAGACGGCAAUGACGUUGCUUAAUGUUUUUAUUUUGGUUGUGGGGUUGUUUUUGCUGGGUCCGGGUCUUUAUGCUGCUGUUGAGGCUAUUAUUACGGAUUAUUCAAGCAGCGUGACGCCCGCUUUUACUUGUGCGAAUAUGGCUCUUUAG